AUGUCAUUACAAUUGUUGAAUCCUAAAGCAGAAUCUUUAAGAAGAGAUGCUGCCUUAAAAGUUAAUAUCACAUCCGCAGAAGGUUUGCAAUCAGUGUUAGAAACUAACUUAGGUCCAAAGGGUACUUUGAAAAUGUUAGUUGACGGUGCAGGUAACAUAAAAUUGACUAAAGAUGGUAAAGUUCUUUUAACUGAAAUGCAAAUUCAAUCUCCAACUGCAGUUAUGAUUGCUCGUGCUGCUGCAGCUCAAGAUGAAAUUACAGGUGAUGGGACUACCACCGUUGUAUGUUUAGUAGGGGAAAUGCUAAGACAAGCUUAUAGAUAUAUUCAAGAGGGUGUUCAUCCAAGAAUAAUCACUGAUGGGUUUGAAAUCGCAAGAAGAGAAACUUUGAAAUUUUUAGACGAAUAUAAGAUUCAAAAAGAAUUAGAUCGUGAGUUUUUAUUACAAGUAGCUAGAUCUUCUCUAGCAACUAAAGUAAACCCAGAAAUUACUGAAGUUUUAACUCCGAUAGUGACUGAUGCAGUCUUAAGUGUUCAAAAUAAAGAUACAAAGAAUUUAGAUCUAUAUAUGGUAGAAAUUAUGCAAAUGCAACAUCUAUCUCCAAAGGAUACAGUAUUUGUAAAAGGUUUAGUAUUAGAUCAUGGUGGCAGACACCCUGAUAUGCCAUCAAGAGUAGAAAAUGCGCAUGUAUUGAUUUUAAAUGUUUCUUUAGAAUAUGAAAAAACUGAAGUCAAUUCUGGUUUCUUCUAUAGUACAGCUGAUCAAAGAGAUAAAUUAGCUGCUAGUGAAAGAAAAUUUGUCGAUGAAAAACUAAAGAAAAUCAUUGAUUUAAAAAAUGAAGUAUGUGGCUUAGAUUCAAAUCAAGGGUUUGUUAUUAUUAAUCAAAAGGGUAUCGACCCAAUGUCACUAGAUAUUUUGGCAAAGCAUAAUAUUUUAGCCUUAAGAAGAGCUAAGAGACGUAAUAUGGAAAGAUUACAGCUGGUUACCGGUGGUGAAGCUCAAAAUUCUGUAGAUGAUUUAUCUCCCUCCAUUUUAGGUUUCGCUGGCUUAGUUUAUCAAGAAAAUAUUGGUGAAGAAAAAUUCACUUAUGUCACGGAACCAAAAGAUCCAAAAUCAUGUACAAUUUUGAUUAAAGGCUCUACCCAUCAUGCAUUAGCUCAAACUAAGGAUGCUGUUAGAGAUGGUUUAAGAGCAGUAGCUAAUGUUUUAAAAGAUCAAUAUGUUAUUCCAGGUGCAGGUGCCUUCUUUAUUGCUGCAUCUGAACAUUUAAAGAAAGCAAAUAUGGUUAAAUUAGGAGCCAAGGGUAAAACUAAAACAGGUAUUGACGCGUUUGCCGAAGCUUUACUAGUUAUUCCAAAGACCUUGGUAAAAAACUCUGGUUAUGAUGCAUUGGAUGUUCUGGCUUUAUGUCAAGAUGAAUUACUUGAUGCUGAAGAUUCAGAAGAGCGUAGAUUCGUUGGUGUAGAUUUAAAGAUGGGUGAUUCUUGUGAUCCAACAAUUGAAGGUAUCUGGGAUUCUUAUAGAGUGAUUAGAAAUGCAAUUAGUGGUGCUAAUGGUAUCGCUAGUAAUUUAUUAUUAUGCGAUGAAUUACUAAGGGCCGGUAGAUCCACUUUAAAAGAAGGUCCGCCACAAUAG